AUGAACAGCAAGCUUCUGCAGGAGAAUGCUGUGGGAAACGGUGUCAAAGACUUUACUAAUGUCCAGAUUGGGGGGUGCUGCAGUCUUAACGUCUUUUCUGUACGUGACAACAGAUUAUCUCGAAUUCCCUCUGAAAUUUCACAAGCCACUGAACUUCAUGUGCUGGAUGUUGCUGGAAACAGGCUGAUGUAUCUUCCCCUCUCACUGACUACAUUAAAGCUGAAGGCUUUGUGGUUGUCUGAUAACCAGUCCCAGCCUCUACUGACUUUUCAGACUGACACAGACCCUGAAACAGGAGAAAAGAUUUUAACAUGUGUAUUACUUCCUCAAAUGCCUUCUGAGCCUGGUUGCCAAGAUAACCUACCACGAUGUGGUGCACUGGAAAGUUUGGUAAAUGAAAUGUCAGAUGAAACAUGGAAUGAGCGGGCAGUGAAUAGAGUCAGUGCAAUUCGCUUCUUAGAAGAUGAAAAAGACGAAGAGGAUAAUGAAAUGAGAACACUUCUAAGGCGAGCCACUCCACACCCUGGAGAAUUAAAGAACAUGAAAAAGACAGUGGAGAAUUUACGGAAUGAUAUGAAUGCUGCUAAAGGACUGGAUUCAAACAAAAACGAGGUCAAUAAUGCCAUUGACAGAGUGACCACUUCUGUGUAGAUUUUCAUCUCCAGGUUUUACCUCCUGUGUCUUCCCCUGCUGUUGAAAUGUUCCUGUCGUCUUCUGGGACCUCACUGAGCCCCUUUUUGUUUUUAACCAGAACCUGAUUCAUCGUCUCCAUAUAUGUGAAAAGUGCUGCCCACUGGAAGAAAGUGCCUUAUUUCAUCCAGGCAGUAAACCAAUAAUUUCCGGAUCAAUAUUGUAAUUUUAAUAGUGCUAGGCUUUUUAAAGUAUAAUACACUACUGUAUGCAGAAUACAAUAUUUUUGUCUUAAACACAGGGGAAAUAACGCUUUUCUUUUCCAGAGUGCUGGGAUAUGUUUUUCCCAGUGGCUGGAUGUUCUGGUGAGAAAUAUAGUUUUGUGGAAAAUUGAUACACUUUUUUAUUUUUUUGGCAGCUCAGAUGGUGUAAAUUUUAAAUUUUUGUAUAGGACUUUCAUAACAAGAUGAUGUAUUUCAUUUUUAAGAGAAAAUUUAUCUUGAGCGGUACAUAUUUUAGUAUUUGUGGAAGAGAACAAGUUUCAUGGACAACUGUAUUCAUUUGUUUGUACCACCCAUUGUGCCUUAUUGUGUCUUGUAUGUCAUAUUAGUCUUAAAUAUAGCAAUUCUCAAGAAAAGUGAGUAGAUUUAAACUUGAUCUCCUGUUUUAUAUGUUUUUCUUUUCGGACAGUAAUUUGUCAGGAUUUUUACAGCACAGAACUUAUGUUUGUAUCAUGGGGUUUUAGGUUGUGAAGCACAAAUGUUAGUUUUGUUGUAAACAGAAUUAAGAUUAAAAUGACCAAACUGCUAUUGUUUAUUACAUAAUGCACUCACACUUUAAUUUAGUUGUAAUGAAACAUCUUGUUUGGGAUGCCAUGUUGCAUUGCAGUCACUAGAAAUCCAUGCUUCUGUUGGGUUUUUUUUUUAAAUGUGCCAUCUGUAAAAUAACUUGAAAAACAGCACGAUAGACUUUCAGAAGCACAGUAUGAAAUUAGUUUUAUGUAUUACACAAGAAAGCAUGAUUCGUUAAGUGCUUUGGUGGUUUUAUAUAUUUAUAUUUAUAUAAAACCAUAAUAAAAAAAAACCUUUAAAAGCUUCAAUAGA